AUGAAUGACAAAGGUAAGCGAAUAUGGGAAGAACUUGUUAAAGAAAAAGUACGAAAAGGUUCCUUGGUGGGUAUAACAUGUCAUAUUUACUCAAAAUCCACCAAAGGUCCUAUUGAUGAGACAAAAAAAUGUUGUUGUGGUCGAUUGACACGUUCUCAUAGUUUCGACGGCGAAGCUCAAACGCAGUUUGCCACUGAAACCGAAUUUAAUGAGAUGACUUGUGUUCCUGAAGAAACACCACUGACCGUCUAUGGACAACUUGGAAUAUUUGGCAGUGGCGCUCGAUUCAUUCGAUGUUACGUGGGUCUACAGAACUUAUUUGAAACAUUGAUCGACUUGGUCAUCGAAGACGUGGAUUCACAACCGGACUUAUUGAUCAGUUGCUUUGGUGGGGCUAAAAAUUUUGCUAUGACUGACAAGCUAGAAAAGGAAUUUAUGAAUGGAAUUUCACGAGCAGCUGUCACCAAAAGUGUAUGGUUGUUGACGACAGGUCUGAAUCAAGGUGCAUCGAAACUGAUUGGACAAAGCGUACAUCGUUUUACUUUACUAAACAAGAACUUAUCCGAACCAACUAUUAUUGGAAUGACUAGUUGGGGUACGUUAACAGAACAUACUCAAAAAGUGCUCAAGUAUCAGACAUCAGAACAUGUAUAUAACAUGGAUUUUAUACAAUGGGAUGAAGAAGAUUCAUUGGAAAGUUUAAAUUGGAACGAAUACAAUACACUUGAUAAGUACCAUAGUCAUUUUCUUCUGCUGGACGAUGGUCGUAUGAAUGUUUAUCUGGAUGAUCGUCCUCGUUCAGAUUUCAUCCAAAAAAUGUGUUCUAAGACGAACUGUCAUUCGAUAACAAUUAUUAUUGAAGGUGGUUUCAAUACACUUGAAGUCAUUAAAAAUGAUUUAAAAAAUAAACGACCAGUUGUUAUCAUUCAUGGUAGUGGCCGGUUAGCAAAUGUACUUGGUACAUUACUUGAAGUAUCAAGCAAGAAAAAUACACUUGAAAACACUGACGUGGAACAGCAAAUUGCAUUAUUUUUUCCUGAAUGCGAGCGAGAACUUGACGAAGUUACUAUGCAAAGCAUCAUUGCCAAUAUAAGAGAAGUGUUAAAGAUGGAGUAUCGUAAUUAUUUAAAUAUAUUUAAACUCGAGCGUGACACAAGUCUUACUGAUACAAUUAUUAAAGCUAUGGAUAAAGUUCAAAGCAAUUCAGUACAACAAAGAAAUUUAUUAAGAUUAGUUGUUAGCUGGAAUUAUGUACACAGAGUACAAAAUAUGCCUAAACAUUUAGAAGACGAUCAAACACUCUAUCCUAGUCUGUUUCAACAAGCAUUGAAAGAAAAUCGACCAGUAUUUGUUGACUAUUUUCUACGACGAUAUUAUAAUCCUCUUACAACAACGACAUAUAUUGAGUAUUUAACAGCACUGAUUUCAUGA